GCUCUGACUAUAUCAACGCCAGUCUGAUGCACAGUUUUAAUCAAAGGAGAAACUACAUCGCCGCUCAAGCCCCCAGUAAGAAGACCGUGGGAGACUUCUGGAGAAUGAUCUGGGAACGUUCCUGCAGCCUUAUUGUCAUGGUGACUGGUCUCGUAGAAGGAUGUAAGGUGAAAUGUGAACAGUACUGGCCGUCACAGGGCGUCCUGAACACAGGUCUGUUCCAGGUGGAAGUUGGAGCCAUACAAACCCGAGCAAACUUUACAGUGAGACAUCUGAAGGUCACGUCUUGUACAACAGCAGAAAGUCGGUCAGUUCUCCAGUUCCACUUCACAACCUGGCCUGACCACGGUGUACCUGACACCCUCGCUCUGGUCAACUUCAUCUGGCUGGUGAGACAGACAGCUGCUGAGACAAACGGACCACUACUCGUCCACUGCAGGUAG